AUGUGCAGCCCUCAUCAUCACAACAGCAUUGACGCUGCCCCCUUGUCGCCGUCCAAGACAGUCUCUUUUGUAGCAGAUGAUCAAGUCAUUACCAUUGAUAGGAUAAAGUUAUCCUUCUACAAGCCAAGGGACUUUUUGCGCUUUGCCGCCGAGGAAAAGGCAGUUGAUGAGAAGUCCACUUACAGUGGCAUUGCCACCACUGUUGCCAAGUUGGAUCAAAAGUAUACCGUCAUGGAACGACAGCAAGCCAAGGCCAAGCUAGCUGAGAAGCGACGAAGAGGCUACCAAAUGAUGCAGCGAAGAAGGGCGCAGAGGAUUGCUCCUCACUAACAAACUUGGAGGGAGGGUCAUUGUGAGAUGACACCCGACCUGACCCGUUGCCGCCAAGGGACUGACGACAGUCCAAAAAGGCAAAACCAACACCAACCCUUUGGCAAGGCAAACUCAAGCCCUUCCGCCUCCUAUUCUUAUACCAUUACUGGUACCAAGAAUUUUAACGAAUGCAUAUGCUACCGCUACCAAAGCAAGAAAAGAUUGAAUCAUUCUGGCUACUCACUGGCUACGGGGCAAUCCUCGAUCGGCUGUUUCAUACAAUAUAUUUCAUGAGUCAUUCUCAUGGAAAAUAUGGAUUUGUACCUAUCAGGGUAUUACUUAAUUUGAUAACUUCCCUACUCGAUAAUCCCCCUUUAUAUU